AUGGCGGAGCAGCCACCGACACUCACGCAUGCACUGACCGACGAUGCGGAGAGCUGCGGCAAGGACAUCAAGAUCCUAUUUCAACGCCUUUGGCAGCUGGAGACUCGCCAGGUCGCAUCGCGCAAAGAUGUCGAGGCUAAGAUACACAGCUUCGAGCAAAGAAUCGACGAGGAAAUUGCCACGCUGCGAGGUCGGAAUCUUGUGCUCGAGGCGAAGGACGAAGUCCAGGAUGCCUUGCUCGAGGACCUCAACCCCGCGCGCCUCGUUGCAGAGAAGCGCCUGGGGCUUCUCGAGGGCCGGUGCGAUGACCUUGAAGUGGUGUCGAAGGGUCAGCGAGACCAGAGCUCGACAAUGAAGGCUACGCUGCAGCCUCUGACGAAGCUGGCCGCCCAGAUAGAGGAGCUUCGAGCAGAAACGGAGUCUCGAGUCUGCGCUUGCGAGCAGUCGAUGACCGAAAACCAGGAACUCGUGGACGCCUGUGUGGCACGAGUCAAAGAGGCAAAUCAGAAAACCGAAAAUGUGAAGAUGACGGUCAACUCCCUUGCACGGGCCACGCUCCACCACGGAGUUGUGCCAGAUUGUCCCAGUCUUUCAGACAGGUUGGCUCUCCUGGAGGCGCAGCUCCGGGACUUCACGGGCACGUACGAGCACUUCAGGGACGAAACUGAAGGUAGCUUGGUGCAGCUGAAGGAAGGUGUCCAAUGGCUGAACUCUGCGACAGAGACAGUGUCAACAAAGGUGGAAACGACCCUGGAGGGCUUGGAGAGGCGGGUCUACAAAUCUGAGUUGCAGCUGGACGGGAUGCGCAAUUCCUUGGCCACCCUGCAAGAGGACAUGGACCUGGACUUAUUCCAUCCCGAAACCGACGAGAUCACGCCCCUUCCGGUCGAUGACAAAGACGACGUCAACGAGAAAGUCGAGAGCAGACAGCACAGCAAGGCCUUUUACAAGUCUGGAAGCUUCACCUCAGAACUGCAAGGAAGUGGCUCGGCAUCGCCGAGUGUAGGUGGCAUGUCCGCCGCCGCACCUUCUCGGGCAAGGAUGAUGAUGGUGCAGCAGGCGCAGAAUUGGGAUCAGCUCAAAGAGCUAAUCGAGUGGCGCUGCCAGGUCACCGAUGACUUGCGCAAACUCUCCCGAGUGGGGCGCAUCAUGGAGGACCGGCUCGAGGCUUUUGACCUCGUCGAGCGGCGAACAGAGGAGGUGGCAGAGAAGGUGCAGGCUUUGGACUCCGACAUGGAGAAUGCAAGGAGCCGCAGCGCCUCGCCCCCACGGGUCGCCAUGCGCCUGAGGCCGGAGGAGAACCCUGAUCUCACGCUAGCGGGCAAGGGCCAUGCGGCUAGCAGGGUCGAGAAGCCACCAAGCCGCAUUGCCAGCCCCAAUUUCGAAGGGACGGGAUGGGCCAGAGCCUUGCCACGACGGCCCUACUCUGCAGGAUCUUCACGAGGUGCCGACACGCCUCAAUUGCAACAACUGAGGGAGCAGCUCGCCAACCUUGCCGGUCUACCUCUGGCAUUGCAGAAAAAGCUGCAGGCCAGUCCCGGGCAGAGCGUAUUUCCGAGCCGUCCUCCCUCCGCGGGUGCUGCGAUCGCGCUUUGCCGACCCCAGCGUCCGAGCUCAGGACUCCGGGGGCGUCCGCUGAGCGCGAAGUGA